AUGGGCGGAAGCUUCGAUGGUCUCGCAGCAAUGAUUAGCACUGAAGCAUCAUCCUUCUCCAACGUUAAUGUCCUGACGAACUUCCUCAAUAACCACGACCAGCCGCGCAUUGCAAGCCAGUCCAGCGACGAUGAGGUCAGAGACAAAAACGCAGUGACAUUCCUGAUGUUCACUUCUGGAAUUCCGAUGGUCUACUACGGCUUUGAGCAGCGAUUCACCAGUGCAGUUGACCCAAACAACCUCGAAACGCUCUGGACUAGCGGUUACAACACUGACACGACACUGUACAAGUACAUUGCACAACUACACGAGAUCAAGAAGCCUCGAAUGUUACUGAUAAGGCUACCUAUUUCUCGUCUAAUGUAG